AUGCUUUAUAAUAACACUAGUAACAUAAACAACUCUUACAAUAAUGACAUUAAACAUUCAGAAACAUACAAUACACAUAAUGAUAACAUAUACAACAUUGAAGAACAAUUGGACCUUUCGGGAUUGGACCAGUUAGCAAAUACUGCACUCUGUGAACUUCAAAAUCUUCAACGAAGAAACGAAAUAAAAAUGGAAAUUGAAAACACCAAAGAAACUAGAUUGGAUGAAGAAAUGGCAAUAAUGAAUUUGGAAUUAGAAAGUCAUAGUUCCCCUUCUGUCUCUACUACAUUCGGAAAUCGCAUUUCUAUUAAAGAUUUAUUGUCACCUCCUUCAUACGACGAAUGCACGACUGUUCAACUUUAUUGUGUUUGUCGAUCAUCUGAUGGUCAAUCAUUCAUGAUUGAAUGUGACGAAUGUGAUGAAUGGUUUCAUGGAACUUGUGUAAAUAUAACAAAUGAAGAAGCUACUUUAAUUGACAAAUACUAUUGUCCAAAUUGCACAGAGGCCAAAGGAUAUAAAACUUCAUGGAAGCCAGAAAAAUGUAAAAAUCAAAAUUGUAAAAAAGCAGCAAGAUUUACCAAAUCAGGGUUUUGUUCUGUCAAAUGCGGAUUGGCAUGGAAUCGUAUAAUUCUGGAGCAAGAAGAAAGGCUUGCUAAAAUGGAAAGCCUGCUCAAUAAAAAGAAAAAGCCCCUAAAGGGUCGAAAUGUUCAAAUUGUUACAAAUCACUAUUCUUACGAAUUUGGUCAACCGUCCAAGAUUCAAAAAAUAAGUCAAAAUGGACAAAUUUGUGGCUUUACUCCAAGUAAAGAUUGGAUUGUUGACGGUGAUAUUGUCGAAGGUGAUGAUAUUGAUGAAGUUUGUAAGAUACCCAAAGGAAGAUGUAAAAAACAUGGAAAUUGGCAAAGUUUUCGAAUUUCACAAAUUGAAUUAAUGAAAUCUAAUAAGUACGAAAGCCUCGCACAAUUAAAUGAAAAAAAAAGAUUAAUUAAGCAACGUAUGAGAAAACGAGCCGACAUCGAUGAAGCAUUUGUUAAUGAAACAAUUGAUCAUACUGCUUAA